CUGUCACUUUAUAGCUUGUAGAAAAGGUCUUUCAUAUUUACAUAGCUGACAUAAUGCUCAGGCAGUGUCCAGAAAUGGCCUCACCCUAUUCAAAUUAUUCCUGACCAACCAAGGCCUAUGUCAUGGCGUGAUAAACUGAUGGGCCUACAAGUGUUGCUACCACUUGAAUACAAUGCAGUCUCCCAAGGAACAGCAGUAAUAAUAACAACAGUAGUCAAAAAGUAUGAUGUGACCAUCAAGAAGAAUUUAAAGUGAAUUUUUAUAACCAUUUUAAAAGCAUCUUCCCCACUGUUUUUCCAAAACAAUGUUCAAUAAUGUACAUUUCUUUCAGUGUAACCACAUCAGCACAUUUUGCCAAUAGUGAGUGAUUUAGGCCUUUGCUCUCCAACACAGUUUUAUUGUGACCUUGAGCUUGUUCUCUUGAGGCAGUGUUAGGUAGUCACACAUAGGCAGGGCUUUCAGGAAGUGUGCUGUCAAAGUCUGUCUAAAUCUGACAGGCAACAUCCUCUAUAGGAGGAAACAGAACGGUUCAGAGCACUGAAGAAAACAGUCGACUCUUAAACAUUGAUGCUGGGAUAUUCUUUUGACUUUGGCUGUAAAGACAAACCUGUACAGGAUGGAGGAGAUACUUCUGCGAGUAUGUGUGGUGCUGGUCAGUCUGGUGUGCCUGAAGGACAAAACUGUCUUUGAAGAGCAGGAUGAUAUCAUUAUGGACAUGCAAGAGUGGGACUAUGUGCUGCAGAAGGAGGGGGCAAAGCUGGAGCAGGAAGUGCACUCUGUUGCCGUAGAGCCAUCACAAGUGUCACAAAGUCAUCGCAGGUUGACAAAGGGGGAGGAUGAGGAGUCAGAUGUUCAACAAAUCCUGCCAAAUGGCUAUGUAGAAAGUUCUCAUGAACACCAAAUGCCACAAAGAGAAGAUCAGAAUAUUUUGCACCAUAAGCUGUUGACAGAAGACAAUCAGGAUGAAUUACCGACGGACAAAACAGUUGACAAAGUGUUGGAACAGUCCCCAAAUGUAGACCACGCAGACCUUCUGCCAGACAAGUUCCUCUCUCCAAAAGAAGGGAUACAAUCAGACAUUGUACCUUCUGGCCAGAAUGAAACCAAGCCAAAGGGAAAUGAAAAAGUGAGUCAGGAGGAUGGGGAAUCAUUGUACAAGAAGGAAGACCCUCACCUUGUUAAUGAUAUGGAGGCACCAAGUGGAGAGUCUUCUCAUUUGCAUCAGACGGGGCCUGCUGACAAACAAGUGUCAUCUGAAGAGGUCACGGAAAUUCCUCAGGAGGAACACAAGUCAUUUUUUCAACAGACAGUAUAUGGAUUCAUACAUAGAUGGUUUCAGACUUCCCAAGAAGUGCACACAUCUCUUGAGAAUGAAUCUUUGGAGGGAAGUAAACAACUACAAAUGCAGGUUAUGCAAAAGGGAGAGAAGAUUACCCAAAUAGAUGAGAGUAUGUCUAAGGUUGAUCAAGGAGACUCUCAGACUGCUGAAGGGCUACCACAUGCAGACCAAAAACCCUCCAACCCAAGUCAAGAGCAGACCAAAGCCUUACAAGGAGAACACUUUAAGUCAGAGAACGCCUACACUUGGUAUUUGUGGAAGGUCCUCUCGCUGAUGUCAGUGAUCCGUCUUCUUAGGAAAUUCAUUGGCAGGAAUUCAGGAACCUCAGGAAGUACGAGUCCCAUCAUGAAAGGCAAGAAACUCUCUGGAACUAUCAACAUAUCUCUUCUUGACCACAAAGUUUUGAGCUGCUUUUAUGAAGAGUGUGUCCAAAUCCCUCCCAACACACGUGAGCGUGUGUGCGAUUUUGUGGAGGGCUUUGUGGAUGAGCUUCUUGAAGCUGCGAGGGUUACUAGUAAUAAAGGAAACGACAUGCAAAUUGGGGACUUUGUUGGUAUAGGGAGCUUAUAUGAGCUUUGGGCUACAGGUAAGACAGUGGUGUGUGAUUUAUAUGUACCUAUCACUGCACCAAAGUCAUACAGCUUUGACUUUGAACUUGACAUGCCAGCUUGUGGCAGAAUCAAAUUGGUGAAAGCUGAAAACACCUCAAAUGGUUGCCCUUGCAACGAUGGGAUGAUGGAUGAUGAUGACGACAUGCUGUGUCUAAUUCAUCCACAUAAAGAGACAAGCAGUGUAAUCACUGAUGCUGUUGAUGGUCCACUCUGCCAGGAGAAUACACCCUAUCUUGCCAAAACACAAGUAAUCAAAUGGUUCAGGAAGACCUUUAGCAAAGCGUGGGGAGAAAACAGUCACAAGUAUGAGUUUGAGCUUGCGUUUCGGAACCAGGCUGCUCCUGGUGCUUUGAGGGUACGACUCCGGUCAGGACAGGUCAUUCUGUUCAACAUCACUCCUGUGGUUCAAGUCAAAGGCUCAGACAUAUAUUUAGUCUCAUAUCUUCCCAACCAAUGCAGCUUCUCAGAUACCCACUGGCCAAUUUCCCUUGCUAGCUAUGAGAAUGCCCUUCUUAAGCACUUCACCAAAAGCCUUCCAUAUGAUUCCUGUCAUAUUCAGUGUCUUCAGAUCCUCUCUUUCCUGCACAAACAGCAAAUCCAACUAACAGGAAAAUGUUGGCUUACAAGUUAUCACCUGAAGAUAACAUUGCUACAUCUGCUCUUCACCACCAAUCCUCUGGAAUGGAAAAGUGAGCAGUUAGCUGGCAGAUUAACUGAUAUGCUAAUAUUUCUUGAUCAGAGGCUUGAAGCUCGCAACUUCUAUCACAGUUUAGUCGGAAACCCUCUUGUUCCAAGCAUCAUUGGACUUCCUAAAGAAGUUAAGUUAGCUAAGCCCACCAACAUUUUUCAGCCACUGGUUUCAGAUAGAAAAUUGUACUUGAAAACUGUCCAACAUUUACAAGAGCUGGUGAAAAAUGCUCCUGUGCUUAUACAUGAGUAUGUUUCAGUGAAAUGCAGAGAGUCAUAGAUGAAUUUAAGUCAUCUGCUUUUAUUCCUCCCUGUGUUUGUGAAAGCCAGGUCCACUCUGUGACUACAAGACAGUAAUCGAAUCAAAUCUAAUGUUAAAGAACUUUGUGCAUUCAACAAUUUUAAGAGGGGCACAUACAGUGGCUGCCAAAAGUAUUUGGACAUUUGUGCCAUGCUUAAAGCUGUAUUCUGUUCAUUGUGUUAGGAAACAAAAUGUCGACCCAAGUGGCAUUUACUUAAAAUAGACCACCCCAAGGCUGAUUUUCUUUGUGGAUAAAGUAUUCUUUCAAAAGGCAGCUGAUGUGUUGUCAUUGUUUGAGCAGUUUGUUUGUAGAUGCCUUUGUACAGUUGCAAGAUCAUAACUGCAUCAAUGAACACAAGCUAACCAACAUCAUUACAAAGAAAAACACCCCCCAGACUCUGGCAUUGCCAUCUUUGUGCUUUAAAGUACUUUGUGCAAUCUGGCUGGAGUACCUCUCCAGGCUUUCUCCACACAAAGAGCCUAAGAGAAGUUUAUGUUGUCCAAAUACUGUUUCAAUUUCUGUACAACCAUUUUUUCCUUAAGCUCAUGUUAUUUAGGACAUGUGAGAGAGACACAAGCAAGCCUUUUCUGCAUGUGCUUGAAAGCCAGUGGUAGAACUGGUAGAACCUGGUGGAAUCAUGCAAGUGAACUGAAGUGUCCCAAUACGACCUCUGAUAAUGGAUAAACUAAUGGACAUUGAACUUUCAUGAACCCAGCAUACCUAACAGUUAUGUAACAAGUUGCAUUUCAGCCUCUGCAUUGUUCUUUUGUACAAAUAAAAAGAAGCAACUCAUAGUUUUUCUGUAUUAUAAUCAAUGUGCAGUAAAAAAUCCAAUUACAGCAAUAAACAACAUGCAGUAAGCUCAUUUUCUGAAGCCAUACAGCUCAAACAUAUCCAUAUUCUCCUCUGGCAAAAUAGCUUCAAGUCCAGGUUGAUCAAGGCGGUCCAGCUCCCAAGGAUUGCUGGUAACUGGGGUCAUAGGCACUGUAACAGAAGAUCAAUUAGCCAAAACUUGUAUGAAAAAAGACU